AACUCUUUCUAAAAACACACCAGAAAGCUUUACUCUUUCUUUCUCAAUCUCUCUCUCUCUCUCUCUUUCUCUCUUCUUUGUUCUUUCUUUUUCUCUCACUCCACACAUUUUAGGGGAAAGGAAAGAGUUCUUACACAUUGCUCUUUCUUUCAUCUCUCUCAACAGUAGCAGUACCCUUUUUGGGGCUUACUUUUCUCUUGGCUUUUAAUUGGUCUUGUGGUAUGCUUGGUGGGUUUUGCUUCCUCUCUAUCUUGUUUUUUAGCAUCUGGGUCUUUGUGGGGGCUUUUGGAUCCAAAGAGCUGUAGAAAAUUACUUGGCUUUUGAUGAACUUGAAGAUGAAAAUAACUGAGACUAUUAAUGGAGGGAGUGAAGGAUUGAAAUCGGGAUCUGAGUAAUGGGUUUGUUCAAUUUGAUCUGUUUAUCAAAACCAGUUUAUGUCAAUGGCAUCAAAGUCCAGUACCAGAACUUCUCCUGAAAGGCAAAGGAAAAUAGUUUCUAGUCAGAAAACAGAAGGAAACUCCAGAAGGCCUCCCCCUAUACAGAUUUCCAAGACUAGUAAAUCAGAGCCAGUUACCCCAAGAGAGCUACUGCCCAAGAGUGCUCCACCAGUUGCUGCAAAGAAGGGUUCUCUAGAAACCAUUGAGAGCAAAAAGUAUUCUCCAAAUUCUCUAGUAGAUAAGUUAAACUCGAGUUUAUCACUGCAAGACCCAAUUGGAACUAAAAAUCUACCAGAAAAUGGUGGUGAUCAAGAAAAGAAAACAUUAGAACAUGGAGGAGUGAAUCAGGCUUUGGCGAAAGUCAGUGAUGGGGCUAGCAGUCUUGCUAAGACCAGUGGAAGUGGCAAAGUUAGCGAGCGAGCCGAGUUUGUCGAGAGCGGAAAGAGUAGUAUUUGUAGGGGGAGCACAAGCAGUGAUGUGAGUGAUGAAAGCACUUGUAGCAGCUUGAGUAGCAGUGUAAACAAACCUCACAAGGCGAACGACAUACAAUGGGAAGCCAUACAGGCUGUGAGAACAAAGGAAGGUGUAUUGAAUUUCGGUCAUUUCAGACUUCUGAAAAAGUUGGGGUGUGGAGAUAUUGGCAGUGUCUAUCUUUCAGAGCUGAGGGGAACCAAAUGUCAUUUUGCAAUGAAAGUUAUGGACAAAACAUCUUUAGCUAGCCGGAAGAAACUACUUCGGGCUCAGACAGAAAGAGAAAUAUUACAAUCCUUAGACCAUCCUUUCCUUCCUUCCCUGUACACCCAUUUUGAGACAGAAAAGUAUUCAUGCUUGGUAAUGGAGUUUUGUCCUGGAGGUGACUUGCACACACUUAGGCAGAGACAACCAGGGAAGCAUUUUACCGAGCAGGCCGUCAAGUUUUAUGUGGCCGAAGUUCUUCUUGCUCUUGAAUAUCUCCACAUGCUUGGGAUUGUUUACCGUGAUCUCAAGCCGGAAAAUGUCCUUGUGAGAGACGACGGGCACAUAAUGCUUUCUGACUUUGACCUUUCUCUACGCUGUGCUGUUAGUCCAACACUGGUCAAGUCUUCAGCACCCGAAUCUGAUCCGCUGAGAAGGAACCCGGUUUAUUGUGUGCAACCAACUUGCAUUCAGCCCUCUUGUAUUCAACCAACUUGUGCAGUGCCUACAACAUGCUUCGGUCCUCGUUUCUUUUCGAGCAAAUCAAAGAAAGAAAGGAAACCGAAAAAUGAAAUGGGCAACCAAGUCACUCCAUUGCCAGAGCUUAUUGCUGAGCCAACCAACGCUCGUUCGAUGUCAUUUGUUGGAACCCACGAGUAUUUGGCACCAGAGAUCAUCAAAGGUGAAGGGCAUGGUAGUGCUGUUGAUUGGUGGACUUUUGGUAUCUUUUUGUACGAACUAUUGUUCGGUAAGACCCCUUUCAAGGGAUCAGGAAACCGCGCUACUCUGUUCAAUGUCGUGGGGCAGCCAUUGAGGUUCCCAGAGACACCAGUAGUUAGCUUUUCAGCAAGGGAUUUGAUAAGAGGGUUGCUUGUGAAGGAGCCACAGAAUAGGUUGGCAUAUAAACGAGGCGCCACAGAGAUUAAACAGCAUCCUUUCUUCGAAGGCAUAAACUGGGCGUUGAUUCGAUGUGCAAGCCCGCCUGAGAUACCAAAACCAGUUGAGUUUGAGCGGAUGUCAUCGCCGGUAGUAUCAACCAGCGACAAAACCAACGGUGCUGCCUCCGCCGCCUACCCUGAUCAAAACAAUUAUCUGGAAUUUGAUUUCUUUUAAAUAGUCUCAAAUCUAAUAUUGUUAUUUUUUUUUUCUUCCUUUUAUCUUUUUUGCUUGAGAAAGAUGCAUAGAUUCAGCUUCUGAAAUGUUGGUCAUGUGGAAAAAAAAAUAGUGUUUUUAUGUUUAUAAUGAUCAUAUGUUUGAUGUUGUGAUACAUUUUCAUACUUUGUAAUGCAGAAGCUAAAAUGUUAGUGCUCUCAAAA